AAAAACAAUAGGUAAAUUGGUAUUUUCUUGUCUGUUCGUUUCAAUCCAAGGGUCCCAGUCCUAGCAUACUAUGUCCUCUGAAAAUACGCCAUUGGUUGCUCCCGCAGCCGCCACCGACCAAACCAAUAAACUCCCUCACGUCAUCAAACUGACCUUGAGGUCGUCCCCCAUCAACUUCCUUCUGUUCUUCGUUCCUCUGGGUUAUCUAGCAGACUGGCUCGGAUGGAAAGCCUCGCUAGUGUUUUCCUUCAACUUCCUUGCUAUCAUCCCAUUGGCAUCCGUGCUGGCCUAUGCUACGGAAGAAUUGGGAGAAGCCAUCCACAACGACUCUAUAGCAGGACUCCUCAACGCUACGUUCGGAAACGCGGUUGAGGUUAUCGUCAGUGUUAUCGCCUUGAGCCAGAACCAAAUCACAGUGGUCCAGGCCUCUAUGUUGGGCUCUAUCCUUUCGAACUUGCUCCUCGUGCUGGGGUGUUGCUUCGUAGCAGGAGGCAUCUGGUAUCCUCAGCAGUCUUUCAACCAGACAGUAGCCCAGACCAUGAGCUCGCUGCUGGCACUCUCGAUGAGCGGGCUGCUGCUUCCCGCAGCGUUCCAUGCCUCACUGCCGUCCAAAACAAAGGAUCUCGAGUCCAAAAUCCUCGAGUUUUCCAGAGGAACUUCUGUGCUUCUGCUCAUCGUGUACUGCUUCUACCUUUACUUCCAGUUGAAAACUCACAAGUUUCUGUUUGAGCAGGUUCUGGAGCCAAGUGAUGAGGAGCAACAAAUUCCUAUAGAUGAGGCCACCAGUAACACUACCCUGGAAUCUCAGGAAACAAACCACCCAAGAAGAGGAUUUUUGGUGGGCAGACCAAAAUCUCUUUUGGAGCUGGGUCCUGGACCCCAGCCCAAACACAUUGGCACGAUAUCCUCGGUGGCUGUGCUGCUCGUCACCACCGUUCUUGUGUCAUUCUCUGCCGACUCCCUGGUGUCUUCUAUCGACGAGAUUGUCGAGACCUCUGGUCUUUCCAAAACUUUCAUUGGUUUGAUUGUCAUUCCUAUCGUUGGUAAUGCAGCAGAGCACGUCACGGCUGUGGUGGUGGCCUACAAAAACAAAAUGGACCUUGCUGUUGGUGUUGCCGUGGGAUCGUCGAUUCAGAUCUCGCUAUUUGUCACUCCCUUUUUGGUGUUGAUUGGCUGGAUAUUCGAUGUUCCAAUGUCCUUGUACUUCUCCACCUACGAGACUGCAGUCAUGUUUGUCGCAGUUCUGAUCACAAACUAUCUGAUUCUGGAUGGAGAGUCCAAUUGGCUGGAGGGUGUCAUGUUGGUUAGCACCUACCUGAUCAUCGCCAUCUCUUUCUUCUUCUACCCAGACACGCUGGCUCAGUGAAGGUGUCCAACACUCAGUGGACCAUAUCUUAUCUACUCUUUAGGAUUCAGAAUUAUAGAAAUUACCUUUAGUUAUCCCGUUUUAAGUGUGCUGUAAGACUAAUACUGAUGUGGUAGAUUUUUAGAUUGAAGUGUGUCUGAAACAUUUAACUCUGUUUCUAAAUAUGAACUGGGCUGGAACGGCUGAUUAGAAAUCGCAAGCCAUAAUUUCGGCGCUGCUAGCUGGACUCCUUGAGCCAGGUUUAAAGUGUCGCGUCUCUAGGCACCCGUGAUGAGUUCGCUGUCAUUUUGGAGGCCUCGUAACUGAAAUUGACUAUUUUGCGUGGCGGACCAUCGCUAGCCUGCGACGACUCCAGAUCGGACAACCUGAGAUGCGGUAUUGAGUACUUUUCCAUCAAAGCAGGAGGCAAUUGCGGAUCUAUAAGCUUUGGAAGCACUCCAGCUUUGACAAAUUUCUCUAUAUCGUGGAUAAAAGUGGCAGAUCUAGA